CAUGAAUUGUGUCCAUUCAUUACUAACAUGAAACCAUGUACUAACCUUUGUCAUUUUUGUCAGCAUUUCUCCCAUCAACUUUCCACAGUUUCUAAUAUGAAUGAUGAGGAGAAGGCAGAAAUCCUUUCUACAUACACGCAGCAUGUUUCCCAAGCUAAGCAGCAAAGGGACUACUACAGACGUCAGUGUACCACCAGCAAGGAAGCAUUUGUUUCUUUACCAGAGGAAUGUAAACAAACUGGGAAUGCUCCAUGCUCAGUUGAUAUGGAAAUGCACUAUUCCUGGGUUUAUGCACAAGAAGUGCAUUUUCCUCAUCAUGCCCAACAAUUGGGAUCAAUAUUUUUCAAGACGCCACGGAAAUGCAACGUGUUUGGUGUAUAUUGUGAGGGUUCAGGAAAACAAGUAUUCUACUUGAUUGAUGAGGCUGAGAACACAGGGAAGAGUGCUAAUUUUGUCUGUAUGGUUCACCAUUUUUUUCAACACCAUAGAUAUGGAGAAAAAACAGCAUCCAUUCAUUUUGACAACUGUAGUGGGCAAAACAAAUACAACUUUGUCGCUCUGGAGAGACUCCAUAUUAUUGUGGAAUAUUCGAUGAUGGUGGCAGGACACACAAAAUUUGAUCCAGACUGGCAUUUUGGAGUCUGGAUGGUAAAAUGGCGUUCCUCCACGGCAGAAACUAUGAAUGAUAUAGCAGACACAGUCCGUCAUUCAUCCCGCAGAGAUCAGAAUAUCCUUCCCUCCGUAAAUGAUCCUCUGCCUCAGAAAUCCCAGCACCAGGUCUUGAACCGAAGAAGUAAUUGUACCUAUAUGAGGAAAUCUGUGUUCAUUGUCUAUCACUCUCUGCUAAAGACUCAUCAUGUUCAAAACCAGUUGUACCAAAGAAAGAUGUGA